UUUUUUUUCUUUUUUUUUUAAUAAAGGCUCUGUCUUUUAUACGAACCAGACAUCGGCUCCAAUUUUUUUUCUGCGAGAGAUUGUUUCUCGUAUCUAUCAUUUCAGAUAUAUCUUUUUUUUUGUGGGUUUCGUAAGAAAAUGGAUGUAAUCUGGGAUUUGCUGCAAAGAUCAGAUUCAUUAAUGGCGCAUUUCAGAUUUUGAAGGUUUUUUUUUGUUUUUAAUCAAUAUGGCUUUGAUUGAAUCAUUGCUUGGAAGAGAUGCACGAAAAUUUCUCAAACGGAAAGAUAGCGACGCUGCAGAAACAGGGUUCCUUGUCGUUGAGUUCCCAUGUUGCAGGAAGGGCAUUGGAGGAACUCAGGAGCUCUCUCUACAAUGAGCUCAAGACAUCUGAAGGAGCAAAGCGUCAGCAGCAGCGGUUUUGCGGCCCCUUCGUAUCAAUGUCCUUCAAUUUCAUGGUCGCUGUCGGAAUCAUCCUCACCAAUAAACUGGUGAUGGGGAGAGUAGGGUUUAAUUUCCCGAUCUUUCUGACAUUGAUUCACUACUCCAUAGCUUGGGUUCUCCUUGCUUUCUUCAAAACUCUCUCGUUGCUUCCAGUGUCUCCCCCCUCCAAGACUACGCCUUUCUCCUCGAUCUUUUCUCUUGGAGCUGUCAUGGCGUUUGCCUCUGGUCUUGCCAACACCAGCCUCCAACACAACAGCGUCGGGUUCUACCAGAUGGCUAAAAUCGCAGUCACGCCCACCAUCGUCUUUGCAGAAUUCAUUCUUUUGAGGAAAACGAUUUCCUCCGAGAAGGUAAUGGCUCUGGCCGUGGUAUCGAUCGGAGUGGCUGUAGCCACAGUGACAGAUCUAGAGUUCAAUCUGUUCGGCGCAUUGGUUGCCAUUGCUUGGAUAAUCCCGAGUUCCGUGAACAAAAUACUCUGGUCGAAUCUUCAGCAACAAGGCAACUGGACCGCCCUUGCGUUGAUGUGGAAGACAACACCAAUCACCGUAUUCUUCUUACUGGCUCUCAUGCCAUGGCUGGAUCCUCCUGGAGUUUUGCUGUUCAAGUGGGACUUUGGUAAUUCCUCGGCGGUUCUUGUCUCCGCUCUUCUCGGUUUUCUCCUACAGUGGUCUGGUGCUCUCGCUCUCGGGGCAACGUCAGCGACAUCGCAUGUGGUAUUAGGACAGUUCAAGACAUGCGUGAUCUUGCUUGGCGGCUACGUUAUCUUCGGCUCGGACCCUGGUUUUGUCAGCAUAUCCGGCGCGGUGGUGGCUCUCGCCGGAAUGUCGGUCUACACUUGGCUCAAUCUUCAGGUCAAGUCCCUCGAAAACUCGACCAAGCCGAACCUUCCCAUGCAAAACGCCGUCGUUUCCAAACCCAAAUCCGACGCUGAUGAGUCCGGUGCAGAUACUGUAGUUAUUUCCGAGCCUGUAACCUCAACCACAAAUUCUGCAAACAUCGUAUAGUUUUUUUUUUAAUUUUCUUUUUUCACCUACAAGAAAAAAAAUUAUGUUUUUUGAAAAUAGAGGGGUUCAAUGUGGGAAUAUAUUUAACUAUGUGAUGUUUUCUGUAAUUUUGAAAGUUGCCAUAUAAAAAGGGGUGUAAUGUAGGUAUCUUGACCCUUGUGAUCUUUAUGUAAUUUAAGUAAACUAGAGGUAGUUAAGUGUAAGUUUUGCUUGAUUAUUGACCACCAGCUUGCUUCU